AUGUUACCUCGCUCUGAUGAUGUCCGUCAUAUGACGGACGAAAGCUUAGCACCUUUUCACCGGAAUCGAAGGAAACUGCCUUGGAAACAGCGUCAGCAUGAAUCUUCCAGUAAAGCCAAUCGACUGUUGGUCAAGAGGAAUCUGCCGUCGUCUUCUGGUGGAACCAACCUUCGAAUCUCUUCACCCAACACUUUCACUCGAAAUGGAAGUGAGCUCAACAAUGAUGAAACAAGAGAUUCCUCUAAACCCAAAUUUUCUUCGCAUCUAUUAUUUGCCAUGUUGUCACAUAGCAGA